UAGGAUGACGCAGUGCUGCAUGAUGAGUACAGGGAUGAGGAGGAGGAGGAGGAGGAGGAGGAGGAGGAGGAGGAGGAGGAGGAGGAGGAGGAGGAGGAGGAGGAGGAGGAGGAGGAGGAGGAGGAGGAGGAGGAGGAGAGGAGGAGGAGGAGGAGUAGGAGGAGGAGGAGGAGGAGGAAAAGGAGGGGUAGGAAGAAGAGGAGGAAAAGGAGGGGGAGGAGGAAGAGGAGGAAAAGGAGGCUGAGCGUUAGGGGAGUGUGCUGCA